ACCCUGCGCGCCAAAUAAUCGAAGAAUAUCUCUACAAGAAAAUAGAGAAAAUUUUGGCUAAAAAAAACAAAAUAUUAUUGAAAGCAAUCUUAGCUAAAGCCCUGCUAUUUAAUCUUCCCAUUCUCUCUCUUUCCCUUUUGUGUCCAAGAUUGAGUUUGGGGUCAAAGACAAUCUAUGUGCUAAGAAAAAGAAGAAGAAAAAUGGUUUUACAUUUACAAGAACAAAACAAACAGCCCCAAAACCCAAUCUGGAAUCUUGAUUCCCUCUUAUGUGAGGAAGAUGGAUUGGAUGAGGAAGAUUUGGGAGGAGGGUACAAUUCAGAUGAAAGAAAUCUGAAUCAGAUCAUCAAGAUUCCACCUUUAUUAGAAUGUGACAUGUUUUGGGAAGAUGAUGAGGUUAAAACUCUGUUAUCAAAGGAAAAAGAGAACCUUUUUGAUUGUACUAGUUUAGUUUCAGAUGAGUUUUUAUUGGGGGUAAGAAAAGAGUCUUUGGAAUGGAUGUUGACUGUCAUUGACUACUAUGAUUUCAAUGCUUUGACUGCUGUGUUAGCUGUGAAUUAUUUUGAUAGAUUUAUAUCUGGAGUUUGUUUUGAGAAGGAUAAUCCAUGGAUGAGUCCGGUUGUGGCUGUUGCUUGUCUUUCCAUUGCUGCCAAAGUUGAGGAGAUUCAAGUGCCCCUUCUGUUAGACCUUCAAGUAGCAAAGUCGCAGUAUAAGUUUAAGGCAAAGACUAUAAAGAGAAUAGAACUUCUGGUAUUGUCCACUCUCAAAUGGAAAAUGAAUCCAGUGACACCACUUUCAUUCAUAGACCAUAUCAUCAGGAGAUUUGGAUUGAUGGCCAACCUACACAUAGAAUUCCAGAUGAAAUGUGAAAACCUCAUUCUUGGUAUUAUCACUGAUUCUAGGCUUCUGCAUUAUCCACCAUCUAUAAUUGCAACUGCAACAAUGUGUUAUGUCAUCAAUGAGAUUAAGCCUUGCAAUGCAGUGGACUACCUUGAUCAACUUAUGGGUGUACUUAAAGUCACAAAGGACAGCAUUGAUAAAUGUUAUGAUCUUAUUCUAGAGCUAAUGGGCAUUCCUGGAUCCAAAAUUUGCCAAACCCACAAGCGCAAAUGCCAAUCUAUGUUAUGCACUCCUGAUGGUGUUAUUGAUGCAUAUUUUAGCUGUGAAAACUCUGACGAUUCUUUGGUCGUGACAUCACCAGUUUCAUCCUUCCCAGAACCACAGUAUAAGAGAAGUAGAACAAUAGGAUCAACAAAUUAUAUUGGCUCCACUAAGUAGAAGUGUUUGGUUUUGGAUGGCAAUUCUUCACGGAACUCACAUCCUCUAGAUUAUCUAAUUUGCAGUGAUGAUGUAUGGCACAGUAUUGGUAUGCCCUCUUAAAAUACAAUGCACAAUUAUAUGAUGUUGCAUUAUGUUUUCUGGACAUUUGACAAAAUCCAUGUGAUACUUGUAUGUGCACAGUAGGAGUUACAUAAAAGGGAAAAUAACAGGCUUUUGUUCCUUUAUAGCUAAUCCAAGGCUCCAUAUUUUUUAUGAUUGGAAUUUUGAUACUUAUAUGUGCAUAGUAGGAGUUACAGCAUUUGACUAUCCUUAAAAUGAAGUCUAGGCCAUGUAUUCA